GCGAGCGCCGGCCGGAGCUAGCGGCUGCUGGAGGCUGCGUCCGCGCACCGGUGGGGCGAGGCUCCGGGCCGCUGUGCGUCAGGCCUGCCAGCUGGGAGCACGCUGCAGGAAAGAUGCCCUCCGAGUCUUUCUGUUUGGCUGCCCAGGCUCGACUCGACUCCAAAUGGUUGAAAACAGAUAUACAGCUUGCGUUCACGAGAGAUGGGCUCUGUGGUCUGUGGAAUGAAAUGGUUAAAGAUGGAGAAAUUGUAUAUACUGGAACAGAGUUAACUCAGAAUGGAGAGCUCCCUCCUAGAAAAGAUGAUGGUGUUGAUAUUUCAAGUGGAACAAAGAAAGAAGAUCUGAAUGACAAAGAGAAAAAGGAUGAAGAAGAAAUUCCUGCACCUGCAUAUAGGGCCAAAUCAAUCCUGGAGAGCUGGGUAUGGGGCAAGCAACCAGAUGUGAAUGAACUGAAGGAAUGUCUUUCUGUGCUGGUGAAAGAGCAGCAGGCUCUGGCCAUUCAGUCAGCCACCACCACCCUCUCGGCCCUGAGGCUCAAGCAGAGGCUGGUGAUCUUGGAACGCUAUUUCAUUGCCUUGAACAGAACUGUUUUUCAGGAGAAUGUCAAAGUUAAGUGGAAAAGCAGCAGCAUUUCUCUGCCUCCUGUGGACAAAAAAAGUUCUCGGCCCACAGGCAGAGGCGUGGAAGGACUUGCCAGAGUUGGAUCCCGCGCAGCACUCUCUUUUGCCUUUGCGUUUUUACGCAGGGCCUGGAGGUCAGGGGAGGACGCGGACCUCUGCAGUGAGCUGUUGCAGGAGUCUCUGGACGCCCUUCGGGCUCUUCCCGAGGCCUCACUCUUUGAUGAGAGCACGGUGUCCUCCGUGUGGCUGGAGGUGGUGGAGAGAGCAACCCGGUUCCUCAGAUCCGUCGUGACGGGGGAUGUUCAUGGGACUCCAGGGACCAAAGGGCCAGGAGGUGUCCCUCUGCAGGACCAGCACUUGGCCCUGGCCAUCUUGCUGGAGCUGGCUGUGCAGAGAGGCACGCUGAGCCAAAUGUUAUCUGCCAUCCUGUUGCUGCUUCAGCUGUGGGACAGUGGGGCGCAGGAGACUGACAACGAGCGCUCUGCCCAGGGCACCAGCGCCCCCCUCCUGCCUCUGUUGCAGAGGUUCCAGAGCAUCAUCUGCAGCAAGGACAUACCCCACGCAGAGGGGGACAUACACCUUUUAUCUGGCCCUCUGAGCCCUAAUGAGAGUUUCCUGAGGUACCUAACUCUUCCACAAGACAAUGAGCUUGCCAUUGACUUACGACAGACAGCGGUAGUUGUCAUGGCUCAUUUAGACCGCCUGGCUACACCCUGUAUGCCUCCUCUGUGCAGCUCUCCAACGUCUCAUAAGGGAUCAUUGCAAGAGGUCAUAGGUUGGGGGUUAAUAGGAUGGAAAUACUAUGCCAAUGUGAUUGGUCCUAUCCAGUGUGAGGGCCUUGCCAACCUGGGGGUCACACAGAUUGCCUGUGCAGAGAAACGCUUCCUGAUCCUGUCACGUAAUGGCCGUGUGUACACGCAGGCCUACAACAGUGAUACACUGGCUCCACAACUGGUCCAGGGCCUUGCUUCCAGAAACAUUGUAAAAAUUGCUGCCCAUUCUGAUGGUCACCACUACCUGGCCUUGGCAGCUACUGGAGAAGUGUAUUCCUGGGGCUGUGGGGAUGGCGGACGGCUGGGCCAUGGGGACACUGUGCCCCUGGAGGAGCCUAAAGUGAUCUCCGCUUUCUCAGGAAAGCAGGCUGGGAAGCACGUGGUGCACAUUGCGUGCGGGAGCACGUACAGCGCAGCCAUCACAGCUGAGGGGGAGCUGUACACCUGGGGCCGUGGGAACUAUGGUCGGCUGGGCCAUGGCUCCAGUGAAGACGAAGCCAUUCCCAUGCUGGUAGCUGGGCUUAAAGGACUGAAGGUCAUUGAUGUGGCAUGUGGGAGUGGGGAUGCUCAAACCCUGGCUGUGACUGAGAACGGGCAAGUGUGGUCUUGGGGAGAUGGUGACUAUGGAAAAUUGGGUAGAGGUGGUAGCGAUGGCUGCAAAACACCAAAGCUGAUAGAAAAGCUUCAAGAUUUGGAUGUUGUCAAAGUCCGCUGUGGAAGUCAGUUUUCUAUUGCUUUGACGAAAGAUGGCCAAGUUUAUUCUUGGGGAAAAGGUGACAAUCAGAGACUUGGACAUGGAACAGAAGAACAUGUUCGUUACCCCAAACUCUUGGAAGGCUUACAAGGAAAGAAGGUGAUUGAUGUGGCCGCAGGCUCUACCCACUGCCUGGCUCUGACUGAGGACAGCGAGGUCCACAGCUGGGGGAGCAACGACCAGUGCCAGCAUUUUGACACCUUGCGUGUGACCAAGCCAGAACCUGCUGCACUGCCAGGGCUGGACACAAAACACAUAGUUGGAAUUGCUUGUGGGCCUGCCCAGAGCUUUGCCUGGUCGUCUUGUUCUGAGUGGUCCAUUGGACUCCGUGUCCCUUUUGUGGUGGACAUCUGCUCGAUGACUUUCGAGCAGCUGGAUCUCCUGCUGCGGCAGGUGAGCGAGGGAAUGGACGGCACUGCGGACUGGCCCCCACCUCAGGAGAAGGAGUGCAUGGCUGUGGCAACGCUCAAUCUUCUGCGACUUCAGUUGCAUGCUGCCAUUAGUCACCAGGUUGACCCGGAAUUCCUUGGUUUAGGUCUGGGCAGUGGCCUCCUGAACAGCCUCAAGCAGACUGUGGUAACCCUGGCCAGCAGCGCAGGCGUGCUGAGCACCGUGCAGUCGGCUGCCCAGGCCGUGCUGCAGAGCGGCUGGUCCGUGCUGCUGCCCACUGCCGAGGAGCGGGCCCGGGCGCUCUCGGCUCUCCUGCCCUGUGCAGUUUCAGGCAAUGAAGUAAACAUAAGUCCAGGUCGUCGAUUCAUGAUUGAUCUUCUGGUCGGCAGCCUGAUGGCUGAUGGCGGGCUGGAGUCGGCCUUGAAUGCAGCCAUUACUGCAGAAAUCCAGGAUAUUGAAGCCAAAAAAGAAGCACAGAAGGAAAAAGAAAUUGAUGAACAAGAAGUGAAUGCCUCAACGUUUCAUAGAAGUAGGACUCCAUUGGAUAAAGACCUCAUUAAUACGGGAAUCUAUGAAUCUUCUGGUAAACAGUGUUUGCCUCUGGUUCAGCUCAUACAACAGCUUCUUAGGAACAUUGCUUCUCAGACUGUAGCCAGAUUGAAAGAUGUUGCCCGUCGGAUUUCAUCAUGUCUGGACUUUGAGCAGCAGACUCGUGAAAGAUCUGCUUCGCUGGAUUUGUUACUGCGUUUUCAGCGUUUACUUAUUAGUAAACUUUAUCCAGGAGAAAAUAUUGGUCAGACCUCAGAUAUUUCUAGUCCUGAGCUGAUGGGUGUUGGUUCCUUGCUGAAAAAGUACACAGCCCUUCUGUGUACACACAUUGGAGAUAUACUGCCUGUGGCAGCUAGCAUUGCUUCUACCAGCUGGCGGCACUUCGCAGAGGUGGCCUGUAUUGUGGAAGGGGACUUCACCGGUGUUCUCCUUCCAGAACUGGUUGUUUCUAUAGUGCUUCUACUCAGUAAAAAUGCUGGUCUUAUGCAAGAGGCUGGAGCUGUUCCCCUGCUGGGUGGCUUAUUAGAACAUCUGGAUCGGUUCAACCACCUGGCCCCAGGAAAGGAGCGGGAUGACCAUGAAGAGCUAGCCUGGCCUGGCAUCAUGGAAUCACUUUUCACAGCUCAGAACUGUAGAAAUAAUGAGGAAGUGACGCUAAUACGCAAAGCUGAUUUGGAGAAUCACAACAAAGAUGGAGGCUUCUGGACUGUGAUUGAUGGGAAAGUGUAUGAUAUAAAGGACUUCCAGACGCAGUCACUCACAGGGAAUAGUAUUCUUGCUCAGUUUGCAGGGGAAGAUCCAGUGGUGGCCUUGGAAGCUGCUUUGCAGUUUGAGGACACACGGGAAUCAAUGCAUGCAUUCUGUGUUGGCCAGUAUUUGGAGCCUGACCAGGAAGUUGUUACCAUACCAGAUCUGGGAAGUCUCUCUUCACCUCUGAUAGACACAGAGAGGAAUCUGGGCCUGCUUCUUGGAUUACAUGCUUCCUAUCUUGCAAUGAGCACACCGCUGUCUCCUGUUGAGGUUGAAUGUGCCAAGUGGCUUCAGUCGUCCAUCUUCUCUGGAGGCUUGCAGACCAGCCAGAUCCACUAUAGCUACAAUGAGGAGAAAGAUGAGGACCAUUGCAGCUCUCCCGGGGGCACACCUGCCAGCAAAUCACGACUCUGCUCCCACAGACGGGCCCUGGGCGACCACUCCCAGGCAUUCCUGCAAGCCAUCGCUGACAAUAAUAUCCAGGAUCACAAUGUGAAGGACUUUCUGUGUCAAAUUGAAAGGUACUGUAGGCAGUGCCACUUGACCACACCCAUCACGUUUCCUCCUGAGCAUCCUGUGGAAGAGGUUGGCCGCUUGCUGCUGUGUUGCCUCUUGAAACAUGAAGAUUUAGGACAUGUGGCGCUAUCUUUAGUUCACGCAGGUACCCUUGGUAUUGAGCAAGUAAAGCACAGAACAUUGCCUAAAUCAGUGGUGGAUGUUUGUAGAGUUGUGUAUCAAGCAAAAUGCUCACUCAUUAAGACUCAUCAAGAACAGGGACGGUCUUACAAGGAGGUCUGCGCUCCUGUCAUUGAACGUUUGAGAUUCCUCUUUAAUGAAUUGAGACCUGCUGUUUGCAAUGACCUAUCUAUAAUGUCUAAAUUUAAACUGUUAAGUUCUUUGCCCCGGUGGAGGAGGAUAGCUCAGAAGAUAAUUAGAGAACGAAGAAAAAAGAGAAUUCCUAAGAAGCCAGAGUCUACUGAUGAUGAAGAAAAAAUUGGAAAUGAAGAGAGUGAUUUAGAAGAAGCUUGCAUUUUGCCUCAUAGUCCGAUAAAUGUGGACAAAAGACCUAUUCCAAUUAAAUCACCCAAGGAUAAGUGGCAGCCUCUCUUGAGUACAGUCACAGGUGUUCACAGAUACAAGUGGUUGAAGCAGAAUGUCCAAGGUCUGUAUCCUCAGUCUGCACUCCUCAGUACAAUUGCUGAAUUUGCCCUGAAAGAAGAACCAGUGGAUGUAGAAAAAAUGAGAAAGUGCCUUUUGAAACAGUUGGAGAGAGCAGAGGUUCGCCUGGAAGGGAUAGAUACAAUUUUAAGACUGUCAGCCAAAAAUUUCUUACUUCCAUCUGUGCAGUAUGCUAUGUUUUGUGGAUGGCAACGACUUAUUCCUGAGGGAAUUGAUAUAGGGGAACCUCUUACAGAUUGUUUAAAGGAUGUUGAUUUGAUCCCACCUUUUAAUCGGAUGCUGCUGGAAGUAACUUUUGGCAAGCUAUAUGCUUGGGCUGUUCAGAAUAUUCGAAAUGUUUUGAUGGAUGCAAGUGCCAGAUUUAAAGAGCUUGGUAUCCAGCCAGUUCCUCUGCAAACCAUUACCAACGAGAACCCAUCAGGACCAAGCCUGGGCACGAUUCCUCAAGCUCGCUUUCUCCUGGUGAUGUUCAGCAUGCUCACCUUACAGCAUGGUGCAAACAACCUUGACCUCCUGCUCAACUCUGGCACACUCGCCCUCACGCAGACAGCACUGCGGCUCAUUGGUCCGAGUUGUGAUAACGUUGAGGAUGACAUGAAUGCUUCUGCCCGAGGAGCGUCUGCCACGGUCCUUGAAGAAACAAGGAAGGAAACAGCUCCUGUGCAGCUCCCUGUUUCGGGGCCAGAGCUGGCUGCCAUGAUGAAGAUUGGAACCAGGGUCAUGAGAGGUGUGGAUUGGAAAUGGGGCGAUCAGGAUGGGCCUCCUCCAGGCCUAGGCCGCGUGAUUGGUGAGCUGGGAGAAGAUGGGUGGAUCAGAGUCCAGUGGGACACGGGCAGCACCAAUUCAUACAGAAUGGGGAAAGAAGGAAAGUACGACCUCAAGCUGGCAGAGCUACCAGUCUCUGCACAGCCCUCGGCAGAGGACUCAGACACAGAGGAUGACUCCGAAACGGAACAGAUUGAAAAGAACAUUCACCCCACUGCAAUGAUGCUUACAAGCACUAUCAACUUACUGCAGACUCUCUGCCUCUCUGUUGGAGUUCAUGCUGAAAUCAUGCAGGGGGAAGCCACCAAGACUUUGUGUGGACUGCUGCGAAUGUUAGUGGAAAGUGGAACGACGGACAAGACAUCUUCUCCAAACAGGCUUGUGUGCAGGGAGCAGCACCGGAGCUGGUGCACGCUUGGGUUCGUGCGGAGCAUUGCACUCACGCCACAGGUGUGUGGCGCCCUCAGCUCACCACAGUGGAUCACUCUGCUCAUGAAGGUCAUGGAAGGGCAUGCACCUUUCACCGCCGCCUCCCUGCAGAGGCAGAUCUUAGCCGUGCAUUUGCUGCAAGCAGUCCUUCCAUCGUGGGAUAAGACUGAAAGGGCGAGGGACAUGAAGUGCCUUGUGGAGAAACUGUUUGGCUUCUUGGGUAGUCUGCUCACCACAUGUUCGUCUGACAUCCCAUUACUGAGAGAAUCCACCCUGAGGAGGCGGAGGGCCCGCCCACAGGCCUCCCUCACUGCCACUCACAGCAGCACCCUGGCAGAAGAGGUGGUGGCACUGCUCCGCACACUGCACUCCCUAAGUCAGUGGAAUGGGCUCAUCAACAAGUACAUCAACUCUCAGCUCCGCUCCGUCACCCACAGCUGCACAGGAAAGUCCUCAGAAGCAGCCGUGUUAGAUGAUUUCUUCCCUGACUCUGAGAACCCUGAAGUAGGGGGUCUCAUGGCUGUCCUGGCUGUGAUUGGAGGGAUUGAUGGUCGCCUACGCCUGGGAGGCCAAGUCAUGCACGAUGAAUUUGGAGAAGGCACUGUAACGCGCAUCACCCCCAAGGGCAAGAUCACUGUGCAGUUCUCUGACAUGCGGAUGUGUCGUGUUUGCCCACUGAAUCAGCUGAAACCACUCCCUGCCGUGGCAUUUAGUGUGACCAACCUACCCUUCACGGAGCCGAUGCUCUCUGUCUGGGCUCAGUUAGUGAACCUUGCUGGAAGCAAAUUGGAAAAGCACAAAAUAAAGAAAUCAUCUAAACAGAACUUUGCAGGCCAAGUGGACCUGGAUCUGCUGCGGAGCCAGCAGCUAAAGCUGUACAUACUGAAGGCAGGGCGAGCGCUGCUUUCCCACCAAGAUAAACUGAGGCAGAUCUUGUCUCAGCCAGCUGUUCAGGAGACUGGAACUGUUCCUACAGAUGAUGGAGCAGCCGCAUCCCCUGACCUUGGGGACAUGUCUCCUGAAGGGCCGCAGCCCCCAAUGAUCCUCUUGCAGCAGUUGCUGGCCUCUGCCACCCAGCCAUCGCCGGUGAAGGCCAUAUUGAUAAACAGGAACUGAGAAGCUGCUGCUUUGGCUGUGUGUCAAUGUCUGGCUGUGGAGUCCACUCACCCUUUGAGCCCGGGGUUUGAAGAUUGCAGCUCCAGUGAGGCUACGACGCCUGUCUCUGUGCAGCACAUCCGCCCUGCCAGAGUGAAGAAGCGUAAGCCGUCACCUGUUCCUGCUCUGCCCAUCGUGGUGCAGCUCAUGGAGAUGGGCUUUUUUCCUCGAAGGAACAUAGAGUUUGCCCUGAAGUCGCUCACCGGUGCUUCUGGGAAUGCAUCUGGCUUGCCUGGUGUGGAGGCCUUGGUUGGGUGGCUGCUGGACCACUCAGACGUCCAGGUGACAGAACUCUCGGACGCAGACACAGUAUCUGAUGAGUAUUCAGAUGAGGAGGUGGUGGAAGAUGUGGAUGACACAGCCUACCCUGUGUCUUCUGGUGCUGUUGUGACGGAGAGCCAGACUUACAAAAAACGAGCUGAUUUCUUGAGUAAUGAUGAUUAUGCUGUAUAUGUGAGAGAGAAUAUUCAGGUGGGAAUGAUGGUCAGAUGCUGUCGAACAUAUGAAGAGGUUUGUGAAGGUGAUGUAGGCAAAGUCAUCAAACUGGAUAGAGAUGGAUUGCAUGACCUCAAUGUACAGUGUGAUUGGCAGCAGAAAGGAGGCACUUACUGGGUGAGAUAUAUUCACGUAGAACUUAUAGGGUAUCCUCCACCAAGUUCUUCUUCCCACAUCAAGAUUGGUGACAAAGUGCGAGUCAAGGCCUCCGUUACAACACCAAAAUAUAAGUGGGGAUCUGUAACUCAUCAAAGCGUGGGGGUUGUGAAAGCUUUCAGUGCCAAUGGGAAAGAUAUCAUUGUCGACUUUCCUCAGCAGUCUCACUGGACUGGAUUGUUAUCCGAAAUGGAAUUGGUGCCUAGUGUUCAUCCUGGGGUUACGUGUGAUGGUUGUCAGAUGUUUCCUAUCAAUGGAUCCAGAUUCAAAUGUAGAAACUGUGGUGACUUUGACUUUUGUGAAACAUGUUUCAAGACAAAAAAACACAACACUCGGCAUACAUUUGGCAGAAUAAAUGAACCAGGACAGUCUGCAGUAUUUUGUGGCCGUUCUGGAAAACAGCUGAAGCGCUGUCACAGCAGCCAGCCAGGAAUGCUGCUGGACAGCUGGUCCCGCAUGGUGAAGAGCCUGAACGUAUCCUCCUCAGUGAACCAGGCUUCUCGUCUGAUUGAUGGUAGCGAGCCCUGCUGGCAGUCAUCUGGGUCACAAGGAAAGCAUUGGAUUCGCUUGGAGAUAUUCCCAGAUGUUCUUGUGCACAGAUUAAAGAUGAUAGUAGAUCCUGCUGACAGUAGCUAUAUGCCUUCCCUGGUUGUAGUAUCAGGUGGAAAUUCCCUAAAUAACCUGAUUGAACUGAAGACAAUCAAUAUUAACUCAAAUGACACCACAGUGCCCCUUCUGAAUGACUGCACAGAGUAUCACAGGUAUAUCGAAAUUGCCAUCAAGCAGUGCAGGAGCUCAGGAAUUGAUUGUAAAAUCCAUGGUCUCAUCCUGCUGGGACGGAUCCGUGCCGAGGAAGAAGAUUUGGCUACGGUUCCUUUCUUAGCUUCAGACAAUGAGGAGGAAGAAGAUGAUAAAGCCAACAGUGGAAGCCUUAUUAGAAAGAAGGCUGGAGGGCUGGAGUCAGCAGCUACAAUAAGAACCAAAGUGUUUGUGUGGGGACUGAAUGACAAGGACCAGCUGGGCGGCCUGAAAGGCUCUAAGAUCAAAGUACCAUCAUUCUCUGAGACUCUGUCUGCUCUGAAUGUGGUGCAGGUGGCUGGUGGUUCUAAAAGUUUAUUUGCAGUGACUGUGGAGGGGAAGGUCUAUGCCUGUGGAGAAGCCACCAAUGGCCGGCUGGGGCUUGGCAUUUCCAGUGGGACGGUGCCUAUCCCAAGGCAGAUCACAGCCCUCAGCAGCUAUGUUGUCAAGAAGGUGGCUGUUCACUCAGGUGGCCGGCACGCUACAGCUUUAACUGUUGAUGGGAAAGUGUUUUCCUGGGGUGAAGGAGAUGAUGGAAAGCUCGGCCACUUCAGCAGAAUGAACUGCGACAAGCCAAGGCUGAUAGAGGCCCUGAAAACCAAGCGGAUCCGGGACAUUGCCUGUGGGAGCUCACACAGCGCAGCCCUCACAUCCAGCGGGGAACUGUAUACCUGGGGCCUUGGAGAAUAUGGCCGAUUGGGACAUGGGGAUAAUACGACACAGCUAAAGCCCAAAAUGGUGAAAGUCCUUCUUGGUCACAGAGUAAUCCAAGUGGCAUGUGGAAGCAGAGAUGCACAGACCUUGGCUCUGACCGAUGAAGGUUUGGUAUUUUCUUGGGGUGAUGGUGACUUUGGAAAACUGGGCCGGGGAGGAAGUGAAGGCUGUAACAUUCCCCAGAACAUUGAGAGACUAAAUGGACAAGGCGUGUGCCAGAUUGAGUGUGGAGCUCAGUUCUCUUUGGCUCUUACCAAGUCAGGAGUGGUUUGGACAUGGGGGAAAGGGGACUACUUCAGAUUGGGCCAUGGCUCUGAUGUGCAUGUACGGAAACCACAGGUGGUGGAAGGACUGAGAGGGAAGAAGAUUGUGCAUGUGGCUGUUGGUGCCCUGCACUGUCUGGCAGUCACGGACUCGGGGCAGGUGUAUGCUUGGGGUGAUAAUGACCAUGGUCAGCAGGGCAACGGCACAACCACAGUUAAUAGAAAGCCCACACUUGUGCAAGGCUUAGAAGGCCAGAAGAUCACGCGGGUGGCAUGUGGGUCAUCGCAUAGCGUGGCAUGGACAACGGUAGAUGUGGCCACGCCGUCUGUUCACGAACCUGUCCUCUUCCAGACUGCACGAGACCCUUUGGGUGCUUCCUAUUUGGGCGUGCCUUCAGAUGCCGAUUCUUCUGCUGCCAGUAAUAAAAUAAGUGGUGCGAAUAAUUCUAAGCCAAAUCGCCCUUCCCUUGCCAAGAUUCUUCUGUCAUUGGAUGGAAAUCUGGCCAAGCAGCAGGCCUUAUCACAUAUCCUUACAGCACUGCAAAUCAUGUAUGCCAGAGAUGCGGUGGUUGGGGCCCUGAUGCCAGCUGGCAUGAUUGCACCCGUGGAGUGCCCCUCAUUCUCCUCCUCAGCACCCACCUCAGAUACGCCUGCCAUGACCAGUCCCGUGAAUGGAGAGGAAUGCUUGCUGGCUAUUGAUAUGGAAGACAGACUGAGUCCAAACCCAUGGCAAGAAAAAAGAGAGGUCGUCUCUUCUGAGGAUGCGAUGACUCCUUCUGCAGUGACCCCAUCAGCUCCCACAGCCUCCUCUCGGCCAUUUAUCCCCGUGACGGACGACCCAGGAGCUGCCAGCAUCAUUGCAGAAACAAUGACCAAAACCAAAGAGGAUGUUGAAAGCCAAAACAAAGCAUCAGGCCCGGAGCCUCAGUCCUUGGACGAGUUCACCAGUCUGCUGAUUGCAGAUGAUACCCGUGUGGUGGUAGACCUGCUUAAACUGUCAGUGUGCAGCCGGGCAGGGGAUAGGGGCAGGGACGUGCUCUCGGCAGUGCUGUCUGGCAUGGGCACUGCCUACCCACAGGUGGCAGAUAUGUUGUUGGAACUCUGUGUCACCGAGUUGGAGGAUGUCGCCACGGACUCGCAAAGUGGACGUCUUUCCUCUCAGCCUGUGGUGGUGGAGAGUAGCCAUCCCUAUACUGAUGACACUUCUACGAGUGGCACAGUGAAAAUUCCAGGGGCAGAAGGACUCAGGGUGGAGUUUGACCGGCAGUGCUCCACAGAGAGGCGCCAUGACCCUCUCACAGUCAUGGACGGCGUCAACAGGAUCGUCUCUGUGCGGUCAGGCCGUGAGUGGUCUGACUGGUCCAGUGAGCUCCGCAUCCCGGGGGAUGAGUUAAAGUGGAAAUUCAUCAGUGAUGGUUCUGUGAAUGGGUGGGGCUGGCGCUUCACUGUCUACCCCAUCAUGCCAGCUGCAGGCCCUAAGGACCUUCUUUCCGAUCGCUGCGUCCUCUCCUGCCCAUCCAUGGACUUGGUGACGUGUCUGUUGGACUUCCGACUCAAUCUCACCUCCAACAGAAGCAUCGUCCCGCGCCUCGCAGCCUCUCUGGCGGCGUGUGCACAGUUGAGUGCCUUAGCUGCCAGUCACAGAAUGUGGGCCCUUCAAAGAUUGAGGAAGCUGCUUACAACUGAAUUUGGGCAGUCGAUUAACAUAAAUAGACUGCUAGGAGAAAAUGACGGGGAAACAAGAGCUUUGAGUUUUUCAGGCAGUGCUCUUGCUGCUUUGGUGAAAGGCCUUCCAGAAGCUUUGCAAAGGCAGUUUGAGUAUGAAGACCCUAUUGUGAGAGGGGGCAAACAGCUGCUCCACAGCCCGUUCUUUAAGGUACUAGUAGCUCUUGCCUGUGACCUGGAACUAGAUACUCUCCCUUGCUGUGCUGAGACACACAAGUGGGCUUGGUUUCGACGGUACUGCAUGGCCUCUCGUGUUGCUGUGGCCCUGGACAAGAGAACACCAUUGCCCCGUCUGUUUCUUGAUGAGGUGGCUAAGAAAAUCCGUGAGUUAAUGGCGGACAGUGAACACAUGGAUGUUCUGCAUGAGAGCCAUGACGUUUUCAAAAGAGAGCAAGAUGAACAGCUCGUGCAGUGGAUGAACAGGCGACCAGACGACUGGACCCUUUCUGCUGGCGGCAGUGGAACCAUUUAUGGAUGGGGACAUAAUCAUAGAGGGCAGCUUGGGGGCAUUGAAGGUGCAAAAGUUAAAGUUCCCACUCCAUGUGAAGCCCUUGCAACUCUUAGACCAGUGCAGUUAAUUGGAGGAGAACAGACACUCUUUGCUGUGACAGCUGAUGGGAAGCUGUAUGCCACUGGUUAUGGUGCAGGUGGCCGACUAGGAAUUGGAGGCACAGAGUCGGUGUCUACUCCAACAUUACUUGAAUCCAUUCAACAUGUGUUCAUUAAGAAAGUAGCUGUGAACUCAGGAGGGAAACACUGCCUUGCCCUCUCUUCGGAAGGAGAAGUUUACUCUUGGGGUGAAGCAGAAGAUGGGAAAUUAGGGCAUGGAAACAGAAGUCCUUGUGACCGCCCUCGUGUCAUUGAGUCUCUGAGAGGAAUCGAAGUGGUUGAUGUUGCUGCCGGUGGAGCCCACAGUGCUUGUGUCACGGCAGCCGGGGACCUGUACACGUGGGGCAAAGGCCGGUAUGGCCGCCUGGGGCACAGCGACAGUGAGGACCAAUUAAAGCCCAAGCUGGUGGAAGCGUUGCAGGGCCACCGUGUGGUAGACAUUGCCUGUGGCAGUGGCGACGCCCAGACCCUCUGCCUCACCGAUGAUGACACCGUGUGGUCCUGGGGGGACGGGGAUUAUGGCAAGCUUGGCAGAGGGGGCAGCGACGGCUGCAAAGUGCCCAUGAAGAUUGAUUCUCUCACAGGACUUGGAGUGGUUAAAGUAGAAUGUGGAUCCCAGUUUUCGGUUGCCCUUACCAAGUCUGGAGCUGUAUAUACUUGGGGCAAAGGUGAUUAUCAUAGGCUUGGCCAUGGAUCCGAUGACCAUGUUCGAAGACCUCGGCAGGUCCAAGGGCUACAAGGGAAGAAAGUCAUUGCCAUUGCUACUGGCUCCCUGCAUUGUGUGUGCUGCACUGAGGAUGGUGAAGUGUAUACAUGGGGCGAUAAUGAUGAGGGCCAGCUAGGAGAUGGAACAACAAACGCCAUCCAGAGGCCACGGUUGGUAGCUGCCCUUCAGGGUAAGAAGGUCAAUCGUGUGGCCUGCGGCUCAGCACAUACCCUUGCCUGGUCCACCAGCAAGCCCGCCAGUGCUGGCAAGCUCCCUGCACAGGUCCCCAUGGAGUAUAAUCACCUGCAAGAAAUCCCUAUAAUUGCAUUGAGGAACCGACUGCUCCUGCUGCACCACAUCUCAGAGCUCUUCUGCCCAUGCAUCCCCAUGUUUGACCUGGAGGGCUCUCUUGAUGAAACUGGACUCGGGCCUUCUGUUGGGUUUGACACGCUACGAGGAAUUCUGAUAUCUCAGGGAAAGGAGGCAGCUUUCCGAAAAGUGGUGCAAGCAACUAUGGUGCGAGAUCGUCAGCAUGGCCCUGUGGUGGAACUGAACCGAAUCCAGGUCAAACGUUCAAGGAGUAAAGGUGGAUUAGCAGGCCCUGAUGGCACCAAGUCUGUCUUUGGGCAGAUGUGUGCUAAGAUGAGCUCAUUCAGUCCCGACAGCCUCCUCCUCCCUCACCGCGUCUGGAAAGUCAAGUUCGUGGGAGAAUCUGUGGACGACUGUGGGGGUGGCUACAGCGAAUCCAUAGCCGAGAUCUGUGAAGAGCUGCAGAAUGGACUCACUCCCCUGCUGAUUGUGACACCCAAUGGGAGGGACGAGUCUGGAGCCAACCGAGACUGCUACCUGUUCAACCCAGCUGCCAGGGCGCCUGUGCACAGCAGCAUGUUCCGCUUCCUGGGCGUGUUACUGGGCAUCGCCAUCCGAACAGGGAGUCCUCUGAGCCUCAACCUCGCUGAGCCUGUGUGGAAGCAGCUGGCUGGAAUGAGCCUCACCAUUGCAGACCUCAGUGAGGUUGAUAAAGACUUUAUUCCUGGGCUCAUGUACAUCCGUGACAACGAAGCCACCUCUGAGGAGUUUGAGGCCAUGAGCCUGCCCUUCACAGUGCCAAGCGCCAGUGGCCAGGACAUUCAGCUGAGCUCCAAGUACACACACAUCACCCUGGACAACCGUGCGGAGUACGUCCGACUGGCAAUAAACUAUAGACUCCAUGAAUUUGAUGAGCAGGUAGCUGCUGUUCGGGAAGGGAUGGCCCGAGUUGUGCCCGUCCCCCUUCUUUCUCUGUUCACUGGAUACGAACUGGAGACAAUGGUUUGUGGCAGCCCCGACAUCCCACUGCACCUUUUGAAGUCAGUGGCAACAUACAAAGGAAUCGAACCGUCUGCAUCCCUGAUCCAGUGGUUCUGGGAGGUGAUGGAGUCUUUCUCCAACACAGAGCGUUCUCUCUUCCUUCGAUUUGUGUGGGGCCGAACCAGGCUGCCCAGGACCAUUGCCGACUUCCGAGGGAGAGACUUCGUCAUCCAGGUAUUGGAUAAAUACAACCCUCCUGACCACUUCCUUCCUGAGUCCUACACUUGUUUCUUUCUGCUGAAGUUGCCCAGAUAUUCCUGUAAGCAGGUGCUGGAGGAGAAGCUGAAGUAUGCCAUCCACUUUUGCAAAUCCAUAGACACAGAUGAUUACGCUCGCAUAGCGCUCACAGGAGAGCCAGCCGCCGAUGACAGCAGCGAUGACUCGGAUAAUGAGGAUGUGGAUUCAUUUGCUUCAGAUUCUACGCAAGAUUAUUUAACAGGACACUAAGGUGGGGAAAACCGUGGGGAAACAAGAAGACUGAGCAAGCAGAGUGCCACGCCGUGACUGCAGAGCUCCUGGUGUGUCUGGUGAGCGAUGUCAGGCCUGGAGAUGGAGGGAGACUUUGCUCGUGAUUGGAACAGUGGUCGGAAUAGUGACAGGAAUCAGCCUGUGCACGUGCAACGCUAUGUGGACACUUGAUGUUUAUUUUUGAGCGUUAACAAGGGUCUUCUUACCCCAUUAUGCUGCAUUACAUGUAAGACUCUGUGUUUACUAAAGUGUGUAAAUGUUUAUAUAAAUACUGAAUUGCAGCAUCCCAAAAAUGAAUAAAGAAGCCUUUUUACUUGUGGGUGCAAUAGAUAUUUUCCCCUUUUUCCUCCUUUUAAGUGUCGUAUAGCGUCUUGAUUGUAUAUUGGAAAUACUGUGUAACGAUUAACUCGUAUUAUAAAUAUUUCAAUUAAUUUUACCUUGAAUUUGUUUAUUAAAAGCUUUUUGAACAUUAAAUGAUCAGUAUUACUUGAAUGCAGUCAGAGAUUAUUUAAACCAAAUUGAAAACCAGAAAAGGCCAUUUGGUCCUGCCCCUUCUCUGCAGGUGUACCAUUUUAAUGUAUGCAACAUGUAAUUGGAACUGAGGCCUUCUGUGAACAGCAUUAUAACUUCUAUCAUGGAAAGUGUACUAUAUAUAAUGUUUGUGUCAUGUAUAUGCCUAAAUUUUGAUUCCCUAUAAAUAAAAUGUC